AAAACAUGGCUUUAGUUUUGGGCUGCAACUAGCGUGGCAUUUUGUUUGAUAAGAGUCUUUUUAAGGAACGUUAACAACUAUUACUUAUUAAUAGGAACCGAAAGGCUGCCAAAGCCAAGCUGUGUGGCGAGAUAUCUGUGGAAGUACCUUGUGAAGGCGGUGCUAGCUGGCUGCGAGGCGGUCACAACACAACACGACGCUCCGCUUGGACAGAGCGUGUCAGUCAUGCUCCUGGUUGAUGGUGGUCUUUACAUCGGCACUGCAGCCGACCUGAAUGACAGCCAGGCCCUGACCAGUGCAGCUGUCACUCACAUCCUGUCAGUGGACUCUGCAGAUCCUGCCCCCCUCCUUCCUGCAGGCGGGGGCUUUCACAGGAAGUGGGUCAACGUUGUGGAUGAGCCAACCUCUGACCUCCUUAGUCACAUGGAUGACUGCUUCCUGUUCAUCCAGGAAGCGGUGGAGGACGGAGGGGCUGCCCUCGUUCACUGCCAGGCUGGUCGCAGUCGCAGCGCUGCCAUGGUAACAGCCUACCUGAUGAAGAGACACCAGCUCAGCUUCACUGAGGCUUACCACCGACUGCAGAGCACCAAACCAGAUGUACAGGUGAACCCAGGUUUUGAGGAGCAGCUGUGUCUGUAUGAGGACAUGCAGUGUGUAGUAGACAGAUCAAGUCCUCUGUACAAACAGUACAGACUGACCAAGCUCACUGAAAAAUACCCUGAGCUGCAACAGAUCCCCAGCGAAGUGUUUGCUGCCGACCCAGCUCAUGCUAGUUCCUCUGAAGUUUCCUACAGAUGCAGGAAAUGCAGAACUCUAUUCCGUGGUUCCAGUAUUCUGAGUCACCCGGUGGGAGACGGUGCUUCAGCAUUCAGCCACAAAAAGGCCGGUAACUUCACUGGAAAUGUCCAGUGUACUUCAUACUUCAUUGAACCAGUUCAGUGGAUGGAACAGGCUUUACUUGGAGUGAUGGAUGGACAGCUGUUGUGUCCCAAGUGCAGCUGUAAGCUGGGUUCAUUCAGCUGGUGUGGUGAUCAAUGUUCCUGCGGCCGCUGGGUCACUCCUGCCUUUCAGCUGCACUGCAGCAGAGUGGAUGAGAUCCAGCAACUCAGCAUACUGAAAUAACACAUACACACUCUCACCCAGGCACCUGUAUAAAGAUCUCACACACACACAUCACGUCAGCAGUCACUCACUCACCAACAGAAUGGAUAACAUUGUAUUUUUAUUGUGACAACCUUUUGGGAAAAGUGAAUAAAGGUUAUAUAACAGUCCUAAAGCCUUUGCAGUCGCUGAUCUUGUAAGCAUGUUUGAAGAGGUUUAUUAGUAGCACUGUCCAGUAGGCUUGUGUCAUCGUACAGCAGCAUCGCCCAAUCACCCAAUCAUAGCUGUAACUGUCACAGUAGAGAGAGAGGAUGACAUGCAGCAAAUGGCCUGGGGUCGGAUUUGAACCCAGGACACUGCGAUCAGGACUCAGCCUUAACAAGUGGUUCGUGUUCUACCAGGUGAGCUACCGGUUAUCCCCAGUAGCUCACCAGUAGUUUCAUAAUGUUUCAAAAAUAUUUUUUGCAAAUAUUCAGGUGUUUUUUGUGCUAAUUUUGCUGUGUUUUUUAUACUGUUCCAGUAAUUUUGUUUGUUUGUUUUUUGCUUAUUUACUAGUUGCCUUUUUCCCAUGUUUUUGAAAGAAAUGAGAUUAAUUUGCUCGGGUUUCAAAGGGUUAAAACUUUUAGCGCAGAGGACCAAACAUUCAGGGAUGCAAAACUAAUCUCUUUUAUUUAUUUUAUUUAUUUAUCUUUUUUUUUUUAUUAUUAUCUUUUGUUCCAAACUGGGGUACUUAUUUAAAUGUCUUCUAAGUGAUUUCAUGUCUACCAAUCCUGUCACCUUUUUAUCCCACCAUGCAUGUGCAUCUCUGAAUUUAAGGAAACUCACGGGGCUAAAGUUUGUAAUCUGGAAUAUUUUAUAUCUGAAAUAAAGACAAUCAUCAAGUG